ACACACACACACACACACACACACACACACGUACAAGCUGCGAAUGACCAGAGCGCUUGCUAGGACGUAGCAUAGCCGGGACAUCAAACGAAACGAAACUGCGAGAGGUUUUCCGGAUUUGUUUUUAAAGCUGGUCGGCUCGCUAGCUGAGAGCAAACCAGGCAUGGACGACAAGACAUUCACCAAGGAGUUAGACGGAUGGAUUGAACAACUGAAUGAGUGCAAACAGCUGAGUGAGAAUCAGGUCAAAGUCCUAUGUGAAAAGGCCAAGGAGAUCCUUACAAAGGAGUCCAACGUGCAGGAGGUGAGAUGUCCAGUGACUGUCUGUGGAGAUGUCCAUGGUCAGUUUCAUGACCUGAUGGAGCUGUUUAAGAUUGGAGGGAAGUCUCCUGAUACUAACUAUCUCUUUAUGGGAGACUAUGUUGACAGAGGCUACUAUUCUGUAGAGACAGUAUCUCUCCUGGUUUCUCUGAAGGUAAGGUUCCGUGAACGAAUUACAAUUCUCAGAGGGAAUCAUGAGAGUAGACAGAUCACACAAGUGUACGGCUUCUACGACGAAUGCUUAAGGAAAUACGGAAAUGCCAAUGUUUGGAAGUACUUCACAGAUCUGUUUGACUAUCUCCCCCUCACUGCGCUGGUAGAUAACCAGAUUUUCUGCCUCCAUGGAGGAUUAUCUCCUUCAAUAGACACACUGGAACACAUCAGAGCGCUGGAUCGCUUGCAGGAAGUUCCUCACGAGGGUCCAAUGUGUGACCUGUUAUGGUCGGACCCAGAUGACAGAGGUGGCUGGGGCAUCUCACCCCGUGGUGCUGGUUACACCUUUGGGCAGGACAUUUCGGAGACCUUCAACCACGCAAACGGCCUAACUUUGGUUUCAAGAGCCCACCAACUGGUGAUGGAGGGUUAUAAUUGGUGCCACGAUCGCAAUGUAGUGACAAUCUUCAGUGCACCAAACUAUUGCUAUCGUUGUGGAAACCAGGCAGCAAUAAUGGAACUUGAUGACACAUUGAAAUACUCCUUCCUACAGUUCGACCCUGCACCACGCAGAGGGGAGCCCCAUGUGACGCGACGUACGCCAGACUAUUUCCUGUAGAGAUCACACAGAGAAAAGCAUUCAUAACCCCAUGGACCAAAAACAUAUGUGCCAUAAUCCAAUGGAAUGGAAACUAUCACAUAUAGCUUAUAACCACUACCCUUCCAACUUUACUUCCUCUCUGUGCAUGAUGUUUUUAUUGCUAGAAAUGAUUGCUACUAUGAACAAUACCAUCACAAUACCUACUGGAUUGUCAGGAAACACUAAUGAAGUAAUGCUGAGAAUAACAACUAAAUGUAAGUAAUCUUUGUGUUAGGGUGUUAAUGAUGACCAGAGUGUUUCCAUAUACAGUCUGUAAGCUGCAUCUUUCACUUGGCAUGGCCUCUUAUCAAAAGGUUACAGUAAAUAUAAGUGAACUCUUUGUUUUUUCUUUUUGUAACUAAAUCUCAACAGUUUUUUUGUGAAGUAAGAUAAUAGGUUUAGACGUCGGAAAUGAAUAUGUUCUCUUUGCACUUUUGUAUUUGAUUUUUAUCACAUGGCACUGACAAACUAUGUUCUUUUUAUACCCUAUUAUAGUGUAAGUCGCUCUCUUCUUGCUCCGCUGUCGUCUCCUAUUGGAGUUAAUGUAAUUCAUUUAAGUAGGCAAUAUUGGUACCAAUGACAUCAGUUGAAAAAAAUAAAAACGUAAUGUUUUGCAGUCUCAGCUCUGAAAUAAAGUCGGAAGUUGUUAUUGUCAUUUA